GUGGUUCGCCACAACAUCUGAUUACACAGCGUUGGAGACCUCUCCAGAACAACCGGGAGGAUUGCCUUUGUACCUUCCUGCCCGUUAGAUAGCACACGCUUUGGGGCUUUUGUUGCACUGUUUCUGACUAAAGUACAUUUAACCAAUUUACCGUCGAUGAUUUUAGGCCUACCUCGUGAAUUUGAAGGGGCAGGAAAUAGAAUAAUUAUAUCUUCGUUGCAAUGGCAGAGUGGUAUCUACGAUGGCCUUCGCUGUUUUCGGGAAAGUUCUUGAGCGAAAUUGUUGAUGCACUUGGUUUGGUCAAGGGAUUGCUUUGGGAGUUUUCGCUCCGGCGUUGGUAAACUCGUCGAGAGACGAGGGAUUUGAAGCUGCAACAGUGCCACAGAGAAAGCCAAGUUCCUCAACAGGGACCUCUCUUCCAGUGCCACAGAAAGCCAAGUUCCUCAACAGGGACCACAUCUUUGACCUCAUCCCAUCUCAAUUAAUUUAAUCUUGGCCAAACGUGAUGAACAAAAUGGCGUGAUUUCUCCUACACACAAUCUUUUUGGAAAAACUGAACAUUUGCUAUCUGAGUCUCCUCAUUGAAAACAUCCAAAGUUCUUCAAAGUUUAACAGAUUGCCGCCAUCAUUCCGUGCUGUAAAGGUGAUCCCGAAAUGUCUUCCAAUGGAGACCUGCGAGACGUUGGGAGCUGCGAAAGCUUCUGGGAGCCGGGGCACUACAAGAGGACGGUGAAGCGUAUCGACGAUGGACACAAGCUAUGCAACGAGCUCGUCGGCUGCUUCGCGGAGCGGGCCAAGAUUGAGAAGGGCUAUUCCCAGCAGCUGAGUGACUGGGCCAAGAAGUGGAGGGGCGUGGUGGAGAAAGGGCCUCAGUAUGGCACCCUGGAGAAGGCGUGGCAUGCCUUCAUGAAUGCUGCUGAUAGGCUGAGUGAGAUCCACAUGGAGCUGAAGGAGCACCUGGCUGUGGAGGACAGCGAGAAGAUCCGUAACUGGCAGAAAGAUGCCUUCCACAAGCAGAUGAUCGGAGGGUUCCGGGAGACAAAAGAUGCAGAUGAAGGAUUCCGUAAGGCACAGAAACCCUGGGUCCGGAAACUGAAAGACGUGGAGUCGUCUAAGAAGAGUUACCACCAGGCCCGUAAAGAGGAGAAGACUGCUUUGACUCGCGAGACUCAUGCCAAGGCCGACCCCACCAAGUCACCAGAAGAGGUCCGUAAAUUUACAGACCGCGUCGAGAAAUGCAACCAGGAAUCAGAGAAGGCAAAGGAGCGCUAUGAGAAGGCUUUGGAGGAGCUGAACCGCUGCAACCCACGCUACAUGGAGGACAUGGAGCAGGUGUUUGAGAUCACCCAGGAGGCCGAGAAGAACAGGCUGUGCUUCUUCAAGGAGGUCCUGCUGGACAUCCACAAACACUUGGACCUCUCCAGCAAUGAUGGCUUCAAGGUCCUGUACUGUGACCUGGGCCAGACCAUCACUGCAGCCAAUGACAGCGAAGACCUGAGGUGGUGGAGAAACACCCAUGGGCCUGGCAUGAGCAUGAACUGGCCACAGUUUGAGGAGUGGUCCCCUGAGUCAAACCGCUCCAUCUCCAACCAGAAGGCGAGGAACAGCCGGGCGGAGGACGUGGUCACCCUGACCAACAUUGUCCCUUCGAGCGAGGAGGCACCCCAGACCCCUCAGGAGACCACCAGAGGGGUUAAAGACUACUCAUCAGACUGGUCUGACGAAGACAUCCCCAAAAAGGUCAUGGCUGCUAAUGGGGUGGAGGAGGAAGAGAAGGUAGCAGGUGUACGAGUUAGAGCGCUUUAUGAUUACACUGGGCAGGAGGCGGAUGAGCUGAGCUUUAAAGCAGGUGAAGAGCUAAUGAAGAUGGGUGAGGAGGACGAGCAGGGCUGGUGCAAAGGGCAGCUGGCCAACGGAGAGGUGGGCCUUUACCCUGCUAACUACGUCCAGGCCGUCACAUCCUGAUGACCCGCCCCCUUCCUGGGCAAUAAUGCAGCCAUUGGUACAACAGAGUACAGACAUGAGAAUUACUGACAACAACACCAGCACAGCCAGUUGUCGUUGCCCCCCCCCCCCCCCCCCCCAGAAGACUGGAUGUGCUUGGUGUUUUUUUCACGACAUCUGUUGCUCUUCAUUUCAAGUAUAAUGAAACAGGAAUAUAGUCCAAAUUAAAAACUGAUGUUUCCUUAACAAACUACUAGAGGAUUAAUAGCAGAAUGGAGGUCAUCGUCCCAUGGACUUUAUCCUCGGUCUUUGUGAGAGGCAUAACCGGUACAGUGCCUUUUGAAAAGGAUAACAGGGAAAGAUGUCUGCAGAGCCCUCCCCUGCCAUGUGAUUGGCAGCACUCGGCAGUGGAUUAGGCUGGGUGACGUUAUGAGCGACCCCUGGAGGACAGGGUAGUACAUGGCAAGUUAACUGAUCACAAGAAUGCCUCUGCAAGGAUGCAGAAAGGAUCUCUUCUGUUGUGCAUCAAAAACAUUUUGAUAUUUCAGUAGCUUUCACUCAAAGCACAAUUCACUUCCAAGUAUUUAUUAAGAUGAGAUGGUAUGCACAGUUAUUCACCUGUUACUUGCAGUUUCUUUACGAUAUGUUGUGUACUUCACGUUCAUUUUCCCGACCUUUGUUUAGUAUGUAGAUACACUUAAUAUUUCUAAUGGUAUGUUUGGGAUAGUUAGUAGAUUAAGGUUACAGUGCAUUCAAACCCACGUUGGUUUGCUGUGCACUCUUAGUUUUUUAUUUUCAGUAAAAUAGCCAUACUUUUGUGAGAUUUAGAGAUAUGAGAGCAAUUCCAUAUCGCCUAUUUCGCUACCCUUUUUUUGUAUUCAAAAUUUUACCUACAGUCAGACUUAUUUGCAUUUUAAUUUAUUUUUCUUUAAAUCAUUGAAAACAUUUUUUUGCAUAUGAACUAAACCAACUAAACCAGGGAGACGUAAGACUUGUUUAAGUGAGUUGAUUGAAACCUGUGGGAAGAGGUGAGAUGCAAGGUGUGUACAGCUAUGAGACUGUUUUGAGGGCAAUGGAAACAUUUCUGUCUCCACGGCUCUGCACUCACUGUGAACAUGGUUUUACAUGAAACUUCUGUAACAAGCUAAUCUAUGUACAAUUCAGAAAUUAAACAUUUGAAUCAA